UAUCCUGAAGGAGGUACUUAACAUUUCCCUAUGAUAUAAUCAACGUUGAAUCAAGUGUUAGAUAAAAGGAGUUGGUUUAUUGAGUUAUAUCCUUUCUCUGUUGUUGGUGUGUAGAGCUGCCGAUAACAGAGCGCAAGAAGAAGAAACAUUGUGUUCUCUGAGCUCUGUUUCUUCUAAUGUAUUAAUUGAGUUACUAAAAUCAUAUUCUUGUGCGUGAAGAAAAGAUUUAGAAUAUAGAAUACUGUGAUACAUAUCCAUACAUACGUUGUGUAAAUUUAAAGAGUAUUUUGUUCUUAUCCGCUAUCCAGAUUUAUAACCAUAUAGAAACGUUGAAUCCACUGAACCAUGAAAGCAAUUAUAGAAAACAAUGAAAAGAAAAUUAAAAUAAUUCAUUGCAUAAUUGCUAAGAAAUUUUAAAUUCAUGAUAUAGUAUAUCCGUCAUAUCUAUAAACUUAUAUAUAUUCAACGUUUCAAAGAUAUGUCUACAAGAAUCUGACUGUUUACGAUUAUCAUUUUAUUCAUUUCUUUUUUUGAACAUAUUCUUUACCAGAGUGAAACCAUGACUUCAAAACCUUUAAACCAUGUCUUACACCCUUAUAUAAACUACACUAACCUUCGUUCACUUAUCCUCAUCUCUAUUGUCUUCCUUCUCAGAUCUCUCGAACACAAACUAGAACUCGUUCCAAUGGCGUCAAACCUAGACAAAGGCCUCAUCGUGAGCUUCGGCGAGAUGCUCAUUGACUUCGUCCCCACGCAAUCCGGCGUUUCCCUCGCUGAGUCCACCGGAUUCCUCAAAGCUCCAGGCGGUGCUCCCGCCAACGUCGCCAUUGCAGUCACGCGUCUCGGUGGUCGAGCAGCUUUCGUUGGAAAGCUCGGUGAUGAUGAGUUCGGACAUAUGCUUGCCGGAAUCUUGAGGGAGAACGGUGUUGAAGACAAGGGGAUCAACUUCGACAAGGGAGCUAGAACCGCACUCGCUUUCGUCACGUUGCGUUCAGACGGGGACAGAGAGUUUAUGUUUUACCGUAACCCGAGCGCCGACAUGCUUCUCCGACCAGAUGAACUCAACCUCGAACUAAUCAGAUCGGCCAAAGUGUUUCACUAUGGAUCAAUAAGUUUGAUAACGGAGCCAUGCAGGUCGGCUCACUUGAAAGCAAUGGAAGUGGCGAAAGAAGCUGGAGCUCUUCUUUCCUACGACCCUAACCUAAGGGAACCUCUUUGGUCAUCCCCUGAAGAAGCUAGGACACAGAUCAUGAGCAUCUGGGACAAGGCUGAGAUCAUCAAGGUCAGCGACGUCGAGCUAGAGUUCCUUACCCAAAACAAAACGAUCGAUGAUGAGUCAGCGAUGUCUCUGUGGCAUCCGAAUCUGAAGCUCUUGCUUGUUACCCUCGGUGAAAAGGGGUGUCGUUACUACACUAAGGGUUUCCAUGGAUCUGUUGAAGCAUUUGAUGUGAACGCGGUGGAUACUACUGGAGCUGGAGAUUCAUUCAUCGGCGCGUUUCUCAGCCAGAUUGUUGAUGAUCAGACUGUACUCGAGGAGGAAGAGAGGUUGAGAAAAGUGCUGAGGUUCGCAAACGCUUGUGGAGCCAUCACGACGACCAAGAAGGGAGCCAUUCCAGCUCUUCCUUCAGAGUAUGAUGCUCUCUCUCUUCUUAAAGACAAAUAGAGAGACCUAGUAACAACAACCUUUUAAAUUUACAAAUGUGCGCUUUGUCUUGCUGAUGAUUUUUGUUUGAAAUAAUAAGGAUCCUAAUGUUGUUAUCUUUUCUAUUUAUAUAUUUCUGAGCAUCUCUUGCUAGUAAUAAAAAAAAUCAGAGUUUUUUUUUUAUAUUUUUGAGUGGAAAUCUUUGAUACAAAAAGACACCUAAAAUAGUAAAACUGACCUAAAAGGACACCUUCCGUGUUGGAGACGUCACUCUGUUUAAGAACUCUGUUUCUUGCUUCUCUCUCUCUCUCUCUCUCUCUCUCUCUGACUGUGAUCUCCAAAAAAAGAAGCUUGCUAAUGAUAUCAUAUAAACGAAGAUCCUUGAAAGAAAGAGACAAUCCGCUUAAGUGAUGAUUACCUUCAUAUCUUUCUCUGUUGGUCACAAUCUCAGAGAUGAUUUAGAGUAAGAUGCAGUAGUAGUAUACAAAGAGAGGCAGAGAAAUUAAGGAUAUUCCUUUUAUUUAAGUUUAUUCGAGUUUGUAAUACCAAAGAUAAAGCAAAUACCAUGUUCAAGAGGUAUAUGAACAAACUCAAACACAAACAUCUAACAUAGAUUCGGACAAACAAACAAAAACGAAGUGUGUGUGUAAUAAGCUCUCUCAGACAUAGCUUACUCAACUUAUAGACGAAACUAAAAGAUAUGACAUUUGACUCCACGCAUCAUUCUCCUUAAUGCAGAUAGGUUU